AUGAAGGCAGCACUUCUUGCCGGUGCCAACCCCAAUGAAAUGGACCACGAGCCCGAUGAUCGUCGCAGCUACGGUCGCCCACUCCAUUGCGUUGUUGGCGACGGCCCAGCGGAUUUCCUGAAAGAUAAUAUCCCGCUUAUUAGGCUACUACUCGAACAUGGCGCUGAUCCCCGUCUACCUGGCCCAUAUGUUGUACCAGUCUCAUGUUCGCUAGGAACUCCAUUGCAUAACGUAAUGCAAAUGGCUACUAUACCUGGUCAUGGCUUUGAGGAAUUAUUUGAGUGUGGCUUUUACCAGGAGGCCUAUCGGAUUAUGAAACAGGCUGCCGACGACUUGGAUAGUCGUGAUGCGGUCAAGAAGCGAAAUAAUGUCACCACUGCAAGUGUUGCUAUGGUUAUUAGCAUAUUGGCAUAUAAAUUUCUAUCAUGA